CCUCAUGGGGGCGCGGAAGCAAGCAAGGGGUGAAUUUCGAGUGGGUAAACCUGGUGAUGAUGAUGAUGAUGAUGAUGAUGAUGAUGAUGAUGAUGAUGAUGAUGAUGAUGAUGAUGAUGAUGAUGAUGAUGAUGAUGAUGAUGAUGAUGAUGAUGAUGAUGAUGAUGAUGAUGAUGAUGAUGAUGAUGAUGAUGAUGAUGAUGAUGAUGAUGUGCGAGGAAUGCGUCGAAGGGUGGCAGGUGAGUUGUAAUAGGAGCUCAGGGAGGGACCC